CCUGUUUCUCUCUCCCUCUCUGUCGCUCGCUCUCCGUGUGCGUGCAUUUGCAUUGAAACCUGCGUGUGUGCGUUCGUGCGUUUGUGCGAGAGUACUUGACACGGCGCUCAGCACUUUCCGUGUGUUUGUCUCCUCUCUCUCCCUGCAGCUGAGGUGGGCGUGUGGAGCCUCUGACCCUCUCUCGCCCACUCUCUUUCUCCGUCUCUCCCUCUUUGCUGCAGCUUCAGGGGGGCUAUGGAUGGACUGCGUUUACCUCCACUCAUAGAGGAGGCUUUGGACUCUACAGAUGACCCCUGUGAUCUGAAAGCUGAGAGCAGCCCCACUAUGGACAACGAGAUAACAGCCAAGGAGAGAGGCGUCCUGGAGGAGAACAACGAGAAGGAGGAGAUGGACCAGGAGAGAUCUCAGGAGGAGGAAGGGGAAGAAAAGAAACUGAAGGAGGAGGAAGGCGAAGGGGAGGAGAAGAGGAAGAAGGAGAGCGAGCCCCUGACUGAGGAGGAGGAGCUGGAGGAGCUGAGGGCCCAGGUACUGCAGCUGCUCCUGGAGCUGGAGGAUGCCAGAGAGACCUCCAACAAGCACCAGGAGAGCUUCCAUGAGCUGCAAGGUCUGUUGGAGGAUGAGCGCCUGGCGAGCGCCCAUCAGGCUGAGGCCUUCACACGGCAGAUCCAGAAUCUACAAGCCCAGCUGCGCUCUGUGCAGGAGGAGAUGGACAGCCUGGAGGAGGAGAAGGAGAGUGAGCUGGCCGAGGCCCAGGAGGAGCUGCGAGCUGCUCAGGAGGAGGUGCUGCUGCUCCAACAGGCGGCGGAGGAGGCGGCCGCAGAGAGGGAGAACGACAUUGCCUCGCUGCAGGAGGAGCUGUGCCGCCGGCGGGCUGAGCUGCAGCGCCUCAGCGAAGAGACCCAGGAGUACGAGCUGGAGAUCACCACGCUGAGGGCCGAGAUCAGCAUGAAGAGCCAGCGCAGGGAGGCCGAGAGGAGAGAGGGUGACGUGGACCUGCUGAAGGAGGAGUGUCGCAUGCUGAGGGAGGAGUGUCAAACCCUGAAGGAGGACAACAGACGUCUCUCGGAGAGGCUGCAGCUGCUGCAGAGACAGAGGACAUGCUCUAGUGUCUACCUGUCGCUGAAAGAGGAGGAUGUAGUUGAGGGCACAGAGGUGAAGGAGAUGGAGACUGGCUCAGAUGAGGUCAUGACAGAGAGCUACAUGACCAUGGCCCAGUCUGAGAACUGUCGCCUGGUGGACGCCUCCAUCCAGAAGAAUAUCUCAUUUGAUGGAAAGCCGAUGACGCCGACAGGCUGGAACGGAGGCAUCGGGGAGAUCUUUUCCCUUAGAGACCAGCUGAAACAGGCAGAGGAGAAGGCCUCACAGGUUCAGAGGGAGUGUGACGGUCUGAAGUUGGAGCUGCAGGAGCUGCAGAUACUUUAUGACAGCAGUCAGAAGGAGAGAGCAGAGCUGGAGGAGGAGCUGCAGCGCUGCAAGGCCGAGCUGGAGAAGCUGUCAGGCGGGACUCAGAGAUUCAUCCAUUCGUCUGAGCACCCUGUUCUCUCCAUCCCCUUCAUAGGAAUGAUUGUAAUUGUGGCUGUGGUCUGGUGCUGGUUGUCGGAGCUGGCGUCCCAGAGAGCAAGGGGAGUGAGGUAGGUUGGAACUCCAUUGUGACUAUCACUGCAGCCGCAGCAGUGCUACUAGUGAUGACAAGCUUAUUGAGAGCUCUCAUCCGCUGUUGAUUGGAUGGUUAACAACUGCACAGGGACGGACGUCUGCUUCAGACCAGCCCUCGUUCUCUCCUUCCACGUCUACAGAAUGAACUGGAUUGAUCUAAAUGUGAUAGAACUGUGUAGUAGAAAACCUGUGGGAAGUUUUAUCUCUAAUGAGACGGUACUACGGGCACACGGAGUCUGAGAAGGAUGUGCUCAGUUUCACUUGAGACUGAAAACGAAGAUGAGCUGACCUGCAGAUUGCCCACACGAGGACUGAUCUGUCCACUAAAUGUAUGCUAGUGCUGUGUCAUCCUUCUUCUGUGUCUGUGAAUGUUCUUUUUCCUCUCCUUUAACAAUGUGACAAAAACGAAGGUCUUGAUUAUUAAUGUGCACCGAAUGGGUUUUACUUUAUUGAAUCAUUAUUUAUUUAUUUGUUUUUUAUUGUUCAUAGGUGUCUUUGAUAAUAAUGAUGAAUUUUCAGUCUGGGCACAAUGCACUGAAAACCCUAAAAUGUACAUAUAUAACAUAUUAAUAAAACAUUAACAGAAAGUGCUUUUAACUAUCCCCCAAAGUACUAAAUGCAAUAAAUGCAAAAAUACUGCCAAAGUAGCUUACAGGUCAUAAAAUCAUUAUGAAUUACCAUCUAACAGUCUCCCACAAAUAUUAUCCUGCCAGUGUUAUUCUGACCUUCCAUUAGAUAACCCUGUGUUCCAUUGGCAUACAAUUUUAAGAUGCACAGGUAUGGCUAACUGAGCACCUUUCAGUCCAGCCGUGGCGCAUAUUAAUGUUUAAGACAGAUCACCCCUGGUGGGUGGAGUCGGCUCUUCACCUUUCCCUCCAAUUAUCAGUAAAUCAUAAAGCUAGACAGUCAGUGCAGUGCUCCUAAUUCAUCUUGCCUACUCACACCUUAAAAUCCUACAGCCUGAGCUGCAUUGUUACACUUAUAUGACUUUCUAUAGUCUUAUGUACUAGUAAAGAUUUUACAGCAACGUCAGGAGUAAAUCCUGGGAUGAUUGAAAUAUGUUGGUAUGUUCUCAUACAUUUCAACUCAAUGUGAGUUUCAUUGUAGAGAAAUAAAUUAAUUGGCUUGGUUUUUCCAAGUGUAUUGUUAGUAAGUUUAAAGGUGAUGGCAGAUUACUAAAGGUACACAGUGUGAGAAUGUCGACUGAUAUGAUUAAUACCAGCUAGUUGCAGAUGUGGUGAAGUUUGUGAGGGCAUUUUAGACACCGAUAUGGGUCCAAACUAUGUAAAUAGGAAGCUGUCAGAAAGAGUUAGUUUAAGCAUCAGUUACGAAAAUCUUACGUAUCUUGCGUAUCUUAUGUAUUGAAGGACUCUGUUUACGUUUGUGAAAUGUUUUUUUUGUGGAAAAACUUUUAGAACUGAAUCAAGCAUGCUACAAAAAAAUAUAGAAGCACAAUAUAAGAUUUAUGUUUGUUACGUGGAUACUGUUACUUUGUAUUUCAUGUAAAUAGAUGUGACAUACAGUACUAUGGGAGAGAUAUUUCUUAAAUCCAUUUGUACUAGCUUUGUAGAAAAGUUUAUUCUAUUUUGAAAGAGCAUCGUAUAUUUGAUAGCCAAAUUAUAUGCUAUGUAAAUGUUUAUUUAUGGUGACGUUAUUCUGAAGAAUCGCUAGAACUGCUAACCAUUUUCAGUACCUCUACGUUGAAGGGCAGUGUCGUCAUUGCAUGUAUUUAGAUCGCAUUUGACCUUUGUUGCGAGAAAGCGCAAGAUUACUCCUGGUUUUUCAGGUCGGUUAUAUUUCAGAAAUGUAUUAAAAUCUUUUCUGAAAUGUUUGUCAUUACAAAGAACCUUGUUAAGCAAUGCCUGACCAUUGUUAUCUCUGCAUAUGAACUUAGAUGAAGUAAAUAAUGUGCCAUUGGACUGCAAAUGUUGUUACUAUUUGAUAAUUUUGCAAUAGAAACUGAAUCCACAUCAACUGCAAUAUUACAUCUAAUUACUGUCUGAUCCAGGACAUUAUUUAUCAUUAUUUUUGAGCUUAUUUCAUGAAUUAACUGUCUCAGUUUCAGAAGCUUCUGUAUUGCACAGUGUUUCUCAGCUUGUUGCUUUACAUGUGGAUAGCAUUGUUGUUUUUAAUAUAGCUGUGGCUAUUUUGUUACCUGGAGGUCUAUUUUGCACUGCAAAUGACUUGAGAAAAUAAAUAUUCCCAGCCCA